ACAAAGAAGAAAAAAUAACGCAGGUAGAGAGGCCGACUGAACAAAUUCGCCAAAUCAGAAAACUGCCGGUAGAGAGACGCCGCCGCCGCCAGAGUCCAGACGCCGCCCGGAUCCGACCCUCCAGCCUCCAGCUGACUCAAGGAAGUAUGAUGAGAGGCGGAAGAAGUCUAGUUUCUUCCAGACCAGCAUUCUCUAAUGACGGGAAGAAGCUUCUUCUCUGCACUGCCAACUCUGUGUCUAUUUUCAGCACAUUCACUGGCUUACAGAUUGGUGAGCUGGAAGGUCAUACAGCUUUGGUGACAUCAGUAAUUGUUGUGCCAGGAACAACAUCGAGCAAAAUACUGUGCUAUUGUUGGACGGCAUCACUUGAUGGUACAAUUAGAUACUGGGAUUUUGCAGUCCCUGAAUUGAUGAAGACUAUUUCCAUUAAUGCCCCAAUCCAUUCCAUGGUACUUCCAGCACUAGCAUGUCAACUUAUAGAGGGUGCCGAAAGACCUUUGGAUCAAUUUGCUUAUAUUUCUUCUCAAGAUAUGAAACAAAAAGAUGAGCAAGUUCCUAAGUGGCAGAUAUUAAAAUGUAACUUAACAAAGUCUCGUCUGUGUGGUGGAGUAAUAUUGGCAAAGAGCAAAAGGCCACAAUUAAUCACUGUCAGCCCCAGUGGGAAGUAUUUAGGGUUCUGCGAAAAGCACAAAAUUAGAAUAUGGAAAGUGCCGGCAAAAGACUCUGAUCAUGCAGUACAUAAAACAAUCAGAUUGCAUCAUACCAAAGAGUUAAACACUCUAGCUUUUCAUCCAAGUAAAAGAAUUGUAGCUGCGGGAGAUGUUACAGGAAGAAUUUUAAUAUGGAAGCAUUUUGGAGAAAGAAUGUUUUCUGUUACUGAUAAGUUGGAAAAUGGAGAUGUUAUGGAUGCAAAGGAGAGACCGGGAGUGAGAGGUGAUGAUGAUGCUGAUUUGUGCACCACAUGGCAUUGGCAUUCUACAGUGGUGAAGGUCUUGUUUUUUUCUUCUGAUGGUGCCUAUCUCUACUCAGGUGGCAGAGAAGGUGUUCUUGUUGUCUGGCAGCUAGACACCGGAAGGAAAAAAUUUGCACGGUUUGGGAGUCCACUUAAAUAUUUUACCAUCUCGUCUGAUCCUUCAUUAGCCUCGGUUUCUUGUGCAGAUAACACUCUUCAUUUGCUAAAACUACCAUCCAUGGAAAUACUAAAGACCAUAUCAGGGAUCCAGUUUCCCAGUUCAGCCCUAAAGACAUAUAAUGGUUCAAGCUGUGAUGCUGCCCUUGACUCUACAGCUGGGAUAGUUGCCAUUUGCACAGAAAAUUGCUGCAUCCAACUCUUUAGCCUGUUAGAUGAUCGCGAAAUUUCACUGGUCCGAGUCUGUGAAAGAAAUCAUCAACCUGGUGAUGAAAUCACGGUCAUAGUAAAUAUGGUGGCUCUCUCUCUAGAUGGCUGUACCAUGGCUACCAUAGAGACUAGGCUUCAUGAAGAAGGAAUUGGAGGCCUCAUUAGUUUAAAGUUCUGGACAAGUGGCUCUGAAAGCAAAGGCUUCAGCUUGUCCACUGUUAUAUAUGAACCACACAGGGAUGCGGGUGUUUCUGCAAUUACCUUCCGUCCUGCAGGAAAAAUGGCCGUGAGCUCUUCAUAUGGGGCUGACUUUAAAAUCUGGGUUUGCAGCAGUGGUGUUCAACUUGAGGAUCCAAUAAUUAAUGGUGGAUGGACAUGCCAUGCUGUUGGUUCAUACAAAAACAAGCCAAUGACAGCUGCUGCUUUUUCUGCUGAUGGUUCUGUUCUGGCUGUUGCUGCCGAAAGAGUUAUUACUUUAUGGGAUCCAGACAGGAAUGUGCUUGUGGCUACAAUUGGAGAGAGUUUUGAGCCAAUUUCUUCUCUGUCUUUUGUCGGGAAGUCAGAAUAUCUAUUGUCCUUGUCAAAAGGCUCUAAUCCACAAUUGUCUGUUUGGAGUAUGUCAAAGAUGUCUACAUCUUGGUCAUGCAAAAUGCAUGCAGAAGGUGUAUCAUGUGCUAUGGAUGGUUUGUCUUUUGCCGUUCUUGCACUUCUUUGUGAUCCAGCUAGGAAUAAGGCUGCUUCCAAUGAAGCAUCAUUGAAGGGCGUGGAUGGGGUAAUUUUAUUGUAUAAUGUUGAAACUCCUCUUCCUUUGGCUACUUGGUUUGUGAAGAAGGCUCGAGGGGGAAGGAUUAGUUUUGUUCUUCCAACCGAUAAAUCAGAAGCAGAUGGAAAACAGUUGCAGAUGCUAUGCUAUAUGAAUAGUGACCAUGAGUAUGUUCUCUUUGACCCGUACAGCGAGCAGCUGCACAAUCAAAAAAUUAUACAGAGACAGAGGCUUGUUCAGUCCAUGGAUGAAACCGGAAGAUUUGGAUAUGCAUCUAUUUAUGGGGAAUUGCCGGAGUUUGAUCUUAAGCCAAAUCAAACUUCACUAGUCUCAGCAACUCUACCAUCAGAAGGAAGAAGGCCUUGGGAAACCAUAUUUAGCGGCCCAUCUCAUGCUCUUCCUCCCCUUCCCAAAUUGUGUUCUUCAUUUAUCGAAUCUUUACUUGAAAGAAGGACCGCAGCUGUAGAGUGAGUGACCUCUCACCCGUAAUUUCUUCAGGGGAUCAAUCAAUCCGGCAUUGUAGUCUAUGAAGUUUGGCCCGCUGUGUUGGCAAAAUUAUUAUUAUUAGCAUUGUAUUUUAUUUAACUUUCAUUAUGGAAGCAAAUCUGUAAUCCCUAAGAAACAACAAAAUCUUUUUUUUUGAAAUAUUUUAAUGGAUCAUAUAUUGCAUUUUAUGAACUGUCGCGU